AUGGCGGUUGAAAAUUACUUCACCGCCGAGAGUGCCACCAAGAAAGUCAUAACCUCACCACUCACAAAGCUCUUCGAAAGCUACCGAGAUGACCCAAUUGAAAGCCCGGAUACCAUUGGUCUCACUCGAGCAAUCGAUUUCCUCCAGGAUCUCAACGUCGAGCUAGACGAAGUAACCUGCCUAGCCAUGGCGGAGCUUCUGCAAUCCCCUUCAAUGGGUGAAUUCACCCGCGAGGGAUUCACAAAAGGAUGGCUGAAAGUCGGCUGCGACAAUAUCCCCAAAAUGCAAGAAUACGCCAAGGCCCUGCGGUCCAGGAUCCCCCGGGAACCAGCCACUUUCCGCCGAGUCUACAGGUAUACAUUCCCGCUCUCACGGAUGGAAGGACAGCGCAACCUGCAGUUCGAAAUUGCCUCUGAGCAAUGGCAGCUCUUCUUCACGACUGAUCACGGCGGUGUGGCGUGGAACACGGAGACGACGCCUUGGCUGGAUUGGUGGAUUGAGUUCCUCGAAGAGCGCGGCAAGCGGCCUGUUAACAAGGACUUGUGGGAGCAGGUUGAGGUGUUUAUGCGGAAGAGCUUGGAGGAUGAGGAGAUGGGCUGGUGGAGUCCUGAUGGGGCUUGGCCUGGUACGCUGGAUGAUUUUGUUCCUUGGGUGCAGGCUAAAAGGGGGAAGGGAUCUGAGAUGGAGGUUGAGUAG